AUCUCGGUUCAUCAUUUUGGGGAAUGACUCUCAUACUUGCAUCAACAAAUCUACUCACCGCAAGGAUUGCUGCCGGUUGUCUUAUUCUUUCCCUUCUUAUUAUCCUCUUCAUAGCAAAAAAUUUAUUUUAUUGGAGAAAAAAAUUACUUUUGCAAAUCCAUUAUAAUAAUCACUUCAUGUUUUGUGUGCUGUCAGGAUUCAUCGUUUUUAUCGGUGUUAUUUGGCUGCUGCAAGAACUGACUGCAGUUUGUAUUCUUCGCUACAUUAUUCUCUUUAUUG